UCCGUCUUCGCCUCCUGAUUGAAUAGGAUGGUCCUUUUCGCAGUAGCACCACGGCGUGCUUAUGGUCCUUCUGCAUGCCUCGAUGGGCCCGCUUCCGGAAUCAGCCAUCAGUCCAAAGCGUGUUCUGUACAGUGUCGUAUAAGCAUCGUACGAGCCGUAUAUGCGUCGUCAAAAUACCAUGCAUUGGUAAAAAGUAGCUUGGCAAGGCAAGGAUGUGGGCCAUGAACUCCUCCGACUCCUUAUCCAUGCGUCUAUCAUCCCAUGCCUCCUUCAUUCGUUCAAACGUCUGCACUUUUCUUUUCUUAUCUGUGCCUCCUAGCUCCCGUAGCGCCUCUGCACACCCUUACCAUAUCAUAUCCUCGCACAUCUGUGCAGCUAAGCUACACAACGGCAUACAAGGGACGCAUUCUUUUUUCUUUCCCACUGCCUCUUUCUGAACUGACCACUUGCCUCGUUUCUGCUUCAUUUCCCUCCAGUGCGACGUUCAAACUGGUGCUUACAUUUGUUACCCUCAUAGGCGAUAAUUCGACACAAACCAUCAGACUCUCGUUCCUGACUCACUUUCCACAGUUCUAAAGUACCCUCGUCUGCCUUAAUCCGUUCAAUCAACACCUGUACCGAGGAACAACCAUGCAUCUACGACGACGUGCUGCUGGAUGAUGCAUUCAAUCAGCCCGAGAUUAGAUUCGCCGAGCAGCGUAGCGAGAUUGACUAUUCCGUGGUUAUCGAGUCUGUCACGGCUUUUUUGGGCAAAAUAAAGCUCCUCCACUAUCGAC